UGCCGCCGCGGCGGAAGCGGCGGGCGGUGCGCGCCGGACGCGGGUCCGGGCGGCAGCCGCGCCCCCGGCGGCGCGGAGUUCCCGCUGCCCUGCGCGCCCCCGCCGCCGCCCCCGCUCCGCAGGGCCCCCGCCCGCCCCCGCCCCGCCGCCGGGAGCCGCCUCGGCCCGGCCGCCCCGCGGGCACCCGGCCUCCGCGGGGGCGGCGGGCGGAGAGUAAAACCGGGCCCCGGCAGGGACGCGGGGCCGGAGCCGGUCCCGCCGCCGCCAGGGCAAGGAGAUGACAGGUGGAAAUGAAUCCUUUACUGCAGGACCGACAUCUAUGUCCUACUUAACUUGCCUGACUUACAUUCUGGAAGAAUGGACUGGUGUGGAGGAUAUUGGAGAUUAUCUGAGUUAUGCAUUCUACAUUUUAUGGUUGCUUUUUCCACUUGUAGUAGUCUUUGUACUUCCAGGAGUUAUCGUCAUUCUCUUCUACGUUUCCAUUCUCUGGCUUCAUAUUUAUAAAAGGAAGAAUGAAAUAAAGGAAGCUUAUUCCCAUGAUGUUUGGAUAGGUGCAAGAGAAAUGUUGGCAACCAUAUGGGAUGGACAUGGAAGAAUAUGGCAUGGUUAUGAGCUUCAUGGUAUGGAAAAUAUUCCUCAAGGACCAGGACUUGUUGUGUUUUAUCAUGGAGCUACUCCUGUUGACUAUAUCUAUUUCACAGCUAGACUUCAUAUAAUGAAGAAGAGGCGCUGCAGCGUAGUAGCUGAUCAUUUUGUCUUUAGAUUACCAGGUUUUAGAAUACUACUUGAGGUAUUUGGAGUUAUACAUGGACCAAAAGAAGCUUGUGUCAGGACUCUGGAGAAGGGCCAUCUGUUAGCCAUUGCCCCAGGCGGGCUUCGGGAAGCCCUCUUCAGUGAUGAAAUGUACACUCUUUUGUGGAGCGAUCGGAAGGGCUUUGCUCAGGUGGCCAUUGAUGCAAAAGUGCCCAUCAUUCCUAUGUUUACACAAAAUGUUCGAGAAGGCUUUAGGACAUUAGGAGGAAUAAAAAUACUUAGGUCGCUAUAUGAGCGUGUUAGAUUGCCAAUAGUUCCUCUGUACGGGGGUUUUCCUGUCAAGCUUCGUACAUUUAUUGGAGAACCCAUUCCAUAUGAACCAAAUAUGACUGCUGAGGAACUAGCUACAAAGACGAAAGCAGCAGUCCAAGCUCUCAUAGACAAACAUCAGAAAAUACCAGGAAAUAUAUUUAGGGCUUUAAUGGAACGAUUUCAAACACAAAAGAAAGAAGACUGAGGUCUUCUAAGCUUAAACUUCUAUAACUACUAUUUAGUUAUAAUAUUCUUAAAGUCACGUUUGUAAAUUAUUCAUUCUUCUAAUAACAGGUUUUAAAUACUGUCCUAAUGAUACUGCUGUAUAAUUUAAGAUAGAAGUCCCUUGCCCUUUCCCCUGUCCAGUAUCAAGCUCAGGAACCUAAACUUCAAAUCAUUCAUAAUGGGACAAAGUUUAAUUUUUGAUAAAUGCAUUCCUACCUUGGAAGUGUCUGGGUUGUUGAUUCUGGAUUCGUUUUGGGGGUUUUUUUUCCAAGUAAUACUGCAAGUUUUUAUGUAUAUGGUCAGUCUUCCUUUUGGUCCGUCACUGUCCGUCUUCCCCACCAUGAUGGAUCUCUAAGCUGAAUGUCAAACCCUCUGCAGAGCUGGAGUCUUACUGUCUUGCCCCUCAUCAUUGUAAGGAGGUUGUGUGGGCCAGAUCAAUGCCAUACAACACAUAUGAAAAUAUUCCUGAGAUUGUUACUCUCACGCUGCUGGGAAACAGUGCACCAUUUUUGGCCUGCAGAACCUCUAGCAAUGCCUGCAAAAUCUGUGUUGCGAAGUGUUUAGUUUUGCUGGGUGAGCUCGGAAAGGGUUCAGAGGAAUGAAAAUUGAUUAGAGAACUACAGGGAUCCAAGGACGUUUGUUAUGGAAACCACUCUGAUGCUGUGAAUGAGAACCCUACAACACAACUAGAAUUCCAAGCCAAGGCAUAUUGGAUAUCUGCCCUUGAGUAGAGACUUGUCCCAUUUAUUUCUCAGUGAAUCUACAAGUUCUCUGUUGAAACAAUGAGCCAAGCAUUCAAACAUCAAGAAGCAGAAAUGAGAAUACUGUUUAGCAAUAUGAGCUCAAAAAUCUUUAUUUUGAUGGAAAGAGAAAAUUGGUACAACACUGUAAAAGCAGUAGUCUUUUUGAAAAACAGAAUUGCCAUUCCCAAAUACCCUUAAGAUUUAGUAUGUGGAUAAACUAUUAAAAAUAUUCUUCAAACAGUUAUUUAUGAAACUUAAAUAAUGAACGAGAGGGAAGUUCUGUAUAUUUUCCUUAAGUGAAAACAAUUGAAUCAACAGGAGAGAGAUGCAAGAUUGGGCUUUUGUGCACUUACAGCAAAUCAUAUUAUGUUUUUUCCUUAGCUAAAGCCUGUGUUUUUAUUGCCCAAAUAGGAAAUAUCUGAAAUACUUCUUCUAAUUUCCAGGAAUUUUGAUCUACAGUUCUUAAAUUAACAUCUGGGAACUUUUUAGUUCUGGGAUGAGGACAAACUCCUUCAGAAAGAGAGAUUUUUGCUAUAUGAUGUGGUUGCCUUUAAAUGUUGUUGGGGUGUGACCUUUUCCUUAAGAAAAAUAUAUCCCCUCCAAAAAAAAACCCCAACAAAUAACCAACAUUUGAAAGAGAAGUUGUAUUCGAUGUAGUAGUCAUUCCUCUCACCAUUUAAGCACAUGCUUUGCUUUAUGCUCUUUUAAAUGUGUAAAUUAGUGACAUUCCAUAACUGCAUGUGGUGAUGUCCUAUGUUACAAAAAUAUGACUUAAUGGGGAAUUGUCUAUCAAAAGCAGCUCUCAAGAAGCAAAAGGCUUACUUACUUUAUGAUAUUAUUUUAUACCAAAAACGUUUUACGUGGUGUUAAAAUUUUUAAAGCUUUGGGAAGAAUCAUGGUAUGUGAAAGGAAAUGCCCAUUCUGAAGUUUUUUAAGUGACCUGGGUUUUACUUCAAGGCAAGAUUGCAUUUCUUUUAAUUUAUUGGACUGUGUUUCAAAAAUACUGUUAAGACAUGUCAUAAAAAUACUGUUAAGACAUGUCAUAAAAUACUGUUAAGCAUGUCAUAAAAAAUGAUAAUGCUAAAUUCCUGCAUUGAAGUAUAACUUAAGUAUGAUCUUUUGUUUACUAUCCAUCUUGGGAAAAAUGUACAUCAGUCUGUGUUGUGAAUAUCUCCAAGCUGAACAUGUUUUAUGUUGAGGUUGCAUGUGUGUAAAAGAGAACUCAAUCUAAAAGAUUGUUAGACAUGGACAGACAUUGUUAUCAGAGAUUUUGUAAAAUUUAUUUUAUUAAGUAUGUGGGCUAUUUGCUGCAGUUUUGUCCCUUUAUGUAUUGAAAGACUGUAUUGUAUAAAAAUGAAGGGCAGUAUUGGUACUCUCAAAGUGUUCAUAUUUGUAUAGGCCUUUCAUAUUUAUUUCUAUAUAUUAAAAAUAUAUAGAAGACACCUUUUGAAUAAAAUUGACAACUGGAACAGAC